GCCACAUCCUAGCAACAUAUUGGAGUCGUGCCUGUAUCAUAACCAACACACGAAAAUGGAGAACACAACCAGCUAUGCCCACAAGAAGUUUGUCGUCAGCAAGCGGAAACGGGAUUCGGACCAGGACAAGGAGAACAUUGACCACCAGUCGGAGCAGCCGAUCACCAAGCGUCGCCAGAACCAGGGCUUCUUCCGCCCCUGGCUGGAUAACGAACAGAACCAGAGGCCGGAGGAGAAGGCAGCACCAGUGGACAAGCCAACAGUAGAAGUUCCAGGAUCCUCAGUCAGCCAGUACCAUGCCAACAUGGUGCGACGCACCCAGGCCCAACGCCAGCGAAGCCCCAAGGAGCAGAUGCGCCGGGAUCGGAACACCCUGGCCUGCCUCCUCAGCCGGCGGGCCAAGCAGGCCCAGGAGGAGCGCAUGUGUCAGCAGUACGAGCAGUACCGAAGCCACCACGCCGCCAUGCUGGAGCAGCAGGUCCGCCUGAGCCUCUACUACCGCCAGAUCCUGCAGCAAGCGGUCUUCCAGCAGGCCAUCAACCCCUCGCCAGGACACCUCCUGCCCCAACAGCAACAGCAGUUCCUCCAACAGAUGGCCCUCUCCCAGCAGAUGCUCAUCUUUGGAGGCCAGCACUGAUGGCCCCAAUAUUAUUAUAUCAGCAUACUCAGAGACUAUGGAUAGCCCAAUCAUGUGAUUUAGCUUACUAAGCCUUAGGUUUUAAUAUUUAUUGUUGACUUUGAAAUAAAUAAUUAAGCAUUUAAUUUCAAUUACUAGUUU